ACAGAGGGAGCCGCUAGUCUUCUGCCCACCCACUGUUUAUAGCUCUCCUCUGUCAGAAACUCAGAACUUCCUUCCUUGCAGUAAGAGUAGUCUAUUCAUCCAGAGCACCAGGACUCACCAUGGCAGCUAAUGACUACCGAGGCUACCUGAGGAACCACGCCGACAUGGAGGGCGCUCAGUCCCGCUACCACCCGUCCCAUGGCUCGGAACCCAAAUAUAGACCGUUUAUAUUCGUUACUCUGGCUGUUAUGGGAUUGCUGCAGAUUGCAUCGAGUGUGGCGAUCUUGUUACACUUGACAGGUUAUCUCCAAGAGGUCGAUCUCUCCUCUGCAACGCAGCAGCCAAUGGAGGAAGUGCAGAUGGAACCCAUCAUGUUCGACGCCCUGAAGGACCCGAGGAAAGGCAGACAACGCUGCAAGAACCAGGAGAGGGAGGGGCUUCCAUCAGCUCAUCUACCAAUCAGAGCAACUAUAGACUAUGUGAAGAAAGGGGAGCUGAGAGCAGCUAUGAUCCAUUGGGAUGAGGCGCAGGGCCACCUGAAGAAGAUGCGUUACCAUGACGGCCGUCUCCUGGUGGAUGAGCCAGGCCUGUACUCCGUCUACGCCAAGACCUGUUUCCGCUACUACGACCUGGGACCUGACACAGAGCCUGGCGAUGCUACGCCCCAGGCCGUGGACGUGAACAACGCCCAGCUCAUCCAGUAUAUCUCCCACGAGAAACACACGUCCCUGCCCAGCAAGUCUGUGGUGCUGAUGAAGACAGGCAGCACCAUGCGCUGGAAUAACUCCCAGUAUAACAUGUACUGUGCCCAGCAGGGCAGGGGGGUGAUGCUACAGCAAGGGGAUGGACUGUUUGUUAAUGUGUCCAAUGCCUGGAUGCUGGAUCCUGAACCAGAGGGGACGUACUUUGGGGCGAUCAAGAUAGGGAACUGAAACCGCGUACAGAGGAGGAGGAGGAUGUGCUACUGAACGUUCUAUAGACGUAACUGCCAAAGAACCACUGAGAGAGAGACAGAGCACUUGUUGUAUGUAACAUUACUGAAUUUGUAUUUGAUUUGUUUGAGUUUUUUAUUGAAAGGAAUGGGCUAUGUUGCUCUUCACCAGAUAGAGAAUUAGGAUAUGCAGUCAUUUAAGUGAGGUGAUAUGGAUACCUCCGUUCACUCACUAGGCCUCAACAAAACCCAUAUGUCGUUCACACAUAGACUUAACCUGUUCCUUAUGGUUCAAAACUGCACAGGAUGCUUUUUAGUUCAACAUUUUAUAAAGUUGAUAGUUAUCAACCAUUUUAUAUUGUUGAUAUUUCCCAUUCCAGGGAGCACUUUUGAAAAAUGUUGUUACGAUGUGUUUUUUAAAGUAUAGCAGUGUGGAUCCUAUCUUCUGUUUAUCAGCCGACACAAAGUCAUUCCUCAUCGCUAGUCUGGCCCCUCAUAGUUUACAAAACAUUGUCAUCGUCCUGAACAGAAGCACAGCUGGGGUAUUUUGUUUAUAACUGAGGAGAGUUUCCACCAGUGUACACUUUGGUACAUUCUUAGAAAAAAGGGUUCCAAAAGGGUUCUUCGUCUGUCCCCAUAGGAGACCACUUUUUGGUUCCAGGUAGAACCCUUUUUGGUUCCAGGUAAGGGUUCUACAUGGAACUCAAAAGGGUUCUACCUGAAACCAACAGGGUUCUACCUUGAAUCAAAAGGGGUUCUUCAAAGGGUUCUCCAAUGGGGACAGCCGAAGAACCCUUUUAGGUUUUAGAUAGCACCUUUUAUUUUUGGAGAAAAAUAAUUCUCCCCAAUUUUGUGAUAUCCAAUUGGUAGUUACAAUCUUUUCUCAUCGCUGCAACUCCCCAACGGGCUCGGAAGAGGUAAAGAUCGAGUCAUACGUCCUCUGAAACAUGACCCGUCAAGCCAUGCUUUUGCUUAACACCUGCUCACUUAACCCAGAAGCCAGCUGCACCAAUGUGUUGGAGGAAACACGGUUCAACUGACAACUGAAGUCAGCAUGCAGGCGCCCGACCUGCCACAAGGAGUCGCUAGAGCGAAAUGAGCGAAGGAAAGCCCCCCGGCCAAACCCUCCCCUAACCCGGACGAUGCUGGGCUAAUUGUCCGUUGCCCUAUGGGACUCCCGGUCAUGGCCGGCUGUGACACAGCCUGGAAUCGAACUCCAGGCUGUAGUGAUGCCUCAGCACUGCGAUGCAGUGCCUUAGACCACAGCAGCACCUUUUUUUUCUAAGAGUGUACCAUAAGUAUAGUGUAGCCAUUAGCCAAUGAUGCUCCUCUGUCUCUCUUGGGUAAUGAUGAACUCAAGUUUAGAGGGUGAGGAGGUUAUUCAGUAGUUAACACAGUAUUACUGUCCAUUCAGGCCCAGGCAACAUUUAAUAUUACAUAGACAUUAUUUAAAGGAAUAACAACAGCUGUGUAAGAACAAUGAUAAAUACUGUAUCAAUCACUAUUGAUUUUUGUUUUCCAAGGAAAUACAGAAAAGUGGGUAUAGAAGUACUCCAUAACUGCAUGUACUUAGUUUAACCAGGAGAGACCUGCUGCAAUCAUCCCAUUAACUGAGGGGAACAUGGUUGUGGUUUGGGUCAAAAGUAUUUUUUCUUAUUUUGAUUCGUUUUCCCCCAAAUGACACAGUAUUGAACUAUUUAGUCCAGUUUUUGGUGGUUUCUACAAGUAAUGAUUAUCAAAACGCUUAAACAACUUACGUGAAGAUGCAUACUGAAGAUAGCUGGCCUGUCUUACCGUAGGGGAGGAGAGCAGAGAUUCCUGUCUUUAUGAAACUAACGGAUCCAAAUUGACUUUGGUCCACCUUUUAACUUAUAGUUCCUUUUUUCAUUUGACUCUUUGAGGUAAAUGAGAAUAUGCACUAAAUGUAUUUAUUUAUUAGCUAUAACAAUGCAGAUUGGGACCAUUGCUUAAAUGACCUGUCUGCUGUAAAAUCUUGUGUAUUUGAUGUCUGUAUUACAGUAGGAAGUACUUUGUUUAUUAGUAGAUGCGCUUUUAUUGUCCAAACACAGGGGCUCAAUGUUAAAUUCUGUAUUUGUAUUUUUUUAUUACGACAAUUCUGUGUGCACUUGGCUAGCCGAAGCAGAAUAUACUGUCCAUCAUAAGACCGUAGCAAACUUCAGUUUAAAAAUCUUGUACAUUCUUUUUUUUUUAUUUGAUGUUUAUUUAUGUCAAUUUAACUAAUAAAAUCAUUACUUUUAUA